AUGAUAACCUGCUCUAAUGGGGUUCGUCCUAUGACGGACAAAAGCUUAGCACCUCUUCAUCAGAAUCGAAGGAGAUUAACUCGGAAGAAGCGUCAAAAUGAAUGUUCCAGUAAAGCCAAAAGACAGCUGGUCAAGAGGAACCUGUUGUCGUCUUCUGGUGGAACCGACCUGCCAAUCUCUUUACCAAACACUUUAACUCGAAAUGGAAACGAAAGAACAUGUUCAUUGGGGUUGCAGGACAGUGAGUCGAGGUCUCCUUUGUGCAAUCCAGCAGUCUCCACAAUGCGGCAAUCAUGCUUCGGUUUCCGUUUGCAGCCGACUCCGUCUACGACUCAAGAGACUCUACUCUCAGGCGCCGAAUUCGGGCUUGGAAUUCUUCCCUAUCGGGUGGCCGGGAUGACUAGCCUUCAGAACUGUACGUCUGGAGAAUCAGCUGCCCUCGGAGCGAAUGGAAGUUUGCCAGAGGCUACUCGAUUGGGCAGAAAAGGCAGCGGUAGCGUAGGUCGAAUCCUAAUGGGGCUCAACUACACUCGCGGUAGCCUGACCAGCUACCAGGAGAGCCAAGUGGGUCCAGCCAGCUUGACGGGCCAUGAAACGGACUCGGUGUACGAUGACUUGGGCCAAACAAAUGGACUAUUCUCGAGUCGACCUGCCAGCCCGAUUCAAGGCAGCCGACAUGGAUUGAUGACGCGUUCGGUUACCGCGCAUCCUGUUAAACUGAGCUCUUUCCUUCUUCCAACCAGCAAAGGGCACGGUCAACUGACCCCCAUCUACCGAUUCAUCGGCUCAAAUUAUGCCGGCGUUGAUGCUAAUGUUGUAACCACCGUAUCCGGCAUGUCCAACGCCACCGGACCUAUUCAGCCCCUCGGCAACAACAUUUUGUCUCCACCGGCUGCCGGAAGCGUCGGUUUUCACCUCACUCGUCCGAACGGCAACUUUUGGGGCUUCCUGCCUCAGCCGUUGCCGUUGCCGUUGCCGUCCGGCAGCAUUUCAGCCCAGCUGCCUCGGCAGAAUCAGCAGCUGCGGUCUGUCAACGCUUCUGCCCAUCAUCCGACCGUAAACUCGAGGCAACACGACGCAAUCUUGCACAAUCAGCCAACCAUACAGACCAGCCUCGUCCCCCAGAACCCAGUCGCCUUGACUGUGACCCUGACAUCGGCUGACAACCCUACCGGCACCACAAUCACAACCGUCCCCACAUCCUCUGCUCUCGUUCCCACCUCUUUGUCCUUCGACCAUCCCAACGCCGACAGCGAUGGUCUCCGCCAAGGGAACACCGCCGGUCUGACCACUUCCGGCGGCAGUUUCCUUGGCAACGGCCGGCCCACUUGCUCGCACGUUUACGCGGUGCCCAGUCGACUGUCGGCCGGAGCUGGUCCCAUAAAGCAGCUUCCUUUGGUCCAACAUCAUUUUCCCCAACUCGGUAACGCCUCGUCUGCGCUCUACACCGGCGAGGCUGGUCAGGCCGGCCGGUUCCUGUAUGCCCAGUCGACUUCUCAGCUUGUCGGCAUGCCAGACGAGCAGACGAAGCGUCAUUCAGAGAGGCCAAAUGAAAUGGCAUCUACAGGCUCGACGACUGUUGGUGACUGUCAGCCUCCGACCACGGACGGAUGGGGGCAGUCGUGCUAUCCGAUUGGCUGCCUGUUGCCAGGGCCGGGGGUCUCUUUUGACCCAGACACCCCUCGGAGCAACGGUCUCGAGGGCAACACUUGUAGCUCGGAUCCGUCGACAGCUCCCCUGUUUGCAACCGACUUCUGUCGACAAACCACCAUGUGUCGCCACGCGGUGCCACAGUUUCCUGGGUUUCAGGUUUCUAGGCGAGACGAGAUG